UCAUUUGGAAGGCGCACAAAAGGCGCCCAUGGAAAUGAAAUGGAAUUGGAAUCCACAUAAUAAUACAUAUUAUUAAUAAAGAGCGGGUGGGGGCGGGGAUGUAACACUACAUGGAUGUGUGAUCCCGAACACAAUGAAAUAAUAAUCAACAAUGGCCGGCCGCCCUCUCCCACCCUUCUCGCGCAGACGAUAUCAGAAUUGUUUUUUCCAUAAUUUGUUUUCAAAUUGUUGGCACAAAUCCAGCAAUGUGGGUUCCAGCACACUGCGCUCUUAUCAAAACUCGCCCUUUUCCACCAGCACUGAUAGAAGCUGUGGGAGUUGUAUAACCAGGGUACUGCUUAUCCGAUUGAAUUUAAAUAUCGCGCUCCCCUGUACUAGCCAGAUAGUCGCGGUCUCGGGAUAUUGUAUCUGAGGGACAACAGACUUCAUGGGUGCUGGAUUAGGAGCUUGGGAACAGUGUUCCAGUCUUCGUCUACUUCGCCAGAUUGCCCGAUUUGCUUGCCCCCAAGUUGAAGUCCAGAGCUGGUGUCUCUCGAGUGUAGUUGUCGCUACGCUUCUUUAUAUUUCAUUGUUUUAUCGGUCACCCCACCAUUUCCGUAUUUGGGCCACGCAGCGGGAGGCGGGUGGUUGCGCGUGAAAGGGGGAGUACCAGGGGCCUGCACGGAGAGAAAUUGCGGGGUAGUUGCCAAGUCCAGAGUACCUUUGAUAUGCUAAUGGGUGGCGUGGCCGCUUUUAUGGAAAUGGGGGCAAGUGCGUUGGCACUCCAUCAGUCGCUAGGUUCUUUUUUCAGUGCACCCCCAUUCCCUGGCUCUCGGUCAGCAAGUCCACCCGCCAGGGGACUCUCACUCUUCGUGCUCUUUGGCCCUGCUGCCUCCGGGCUCCACUUGCUCCGGCCUCCGGUCUCCGGUCUCUGGUCUGCGCUCUUCACUCUUCACUCGGCACAAGCCUCUCUCCGCUCUUCGGCCUGCGGUCUCCAAUUCUGGCGAUAAGCUCGGCUUGGUGGCUUCAUUUGCCAUGCGGCUCGGCUCAUUCGGUUCCAAUUCUUUGCAGCGCGACCACGCUGCAAGUGAAAUUGCUUUCCAACUGCUCUGCGAGCUUCGCAUUCGCGUUCGCAGUCACAGUCGCAGUCGCAUUCGUUUUCGUUUUGGUUUUGGUUUUGGUUUCUGUUUGUGUUUUUGUUUUAGUGCUAGCUCAGUGUUUUCGCUUGUGACUUGUUCAGUAUUUUGCCUUUUCACUGCUCAUUGUCUCUGCUCAUUUCCUUUCCCGUCUGGCAGUUGUCAGUUGCUAGUUUCCAGUCGCCAGUUGCCAGUUCCGAUUUGCUUUCCGAGCGUGCCGCAUGGAAUAAAAGCGAGCCGCCCACCUGUCCCGAGAGUUAGAAAGGAAGAUGCGCUCCAGCGGCUACAACCGUUAUCACUGCUACGCCCUCGCGAUCUGCGUCUGCUUCGCGGUGGGGGCUGCGCUGACGCGGGCGGACGACACCGACCACGACGCACAAGCCGGCAGCAGCGCCAGCAGGAAGUGGCUGUGCAGCCAGACGGACAUAUGCUCGCCGGAAACGGAGCUGACGCCCGGACUCCAGUACGCCGUGGAGCGGUUCGAGAGCCAGCGCGACUGCAGGCUGUCCUGCGGCAAGUACGGCUCCAUCUGGCCCAUGCCCACCGGGGAGGCCGGCUUCAUCGGCAACGAGCGCGUGCGCUUUGACCCGUGGAAGGUGCGCUUCCAUGUAGUGGCUCCCGGAGAGGCGGCCACCCAGUUCCUGCGCGAGACGAAUCGCCUGUUCGUGUCCAACCUGCUAAAGGAGUGCACGCGCAACUGCACCCUGGAGGGAAGCAAGCAGAUCCUGGUGCGGGCCACCGUCGCCAAUGAGACGCUCGUCUUGGACUGGGCCACCGACGAGAGCUACGCCCUGGUGGUGCGGACCACGGACACUGCCACCUUCGUUGAUAUCCAGGCGCCGACCGUCUAUGGGGCCAGGCACGCCUUCGAGACUCUCACCAAUCUAGUCACCGGCAGCCUCUCCAACGGUCUCCUCAUGGCAUCCGCCGCUCGCAUCACCGACCGGCCGGCGUUCCCUCACCGCGGCGUGCUCCUGGACACGUCCCGGAACUUCGUGCCCCUCAAGUUUAUCCGAAGCACCCUGGACGCCAUGGCGACCAGCAAGAUGAACGUGCUCCACUGGCACGUGGUGGACACACAUAGCUUCCCUCUGGAGAUCACCCGGGUGCCGGAGAUGCAGCGCUACGGGGCAUACUCGUCCUCGCAGACGUACAGCCGGCAGGACGCCCUUAACCUGGUGAAGUAUGCCCGCCUGCGCGGCAUUCGCAUCCUGAUCGAGAUCGACGGGCCCUCCCACGCGGGCAACGGCUGGCAGUGGGGCCCGGCCGCCGGUCUGGGCAACAUGUCCGUGUGCCUGAACCAGUCACCGUGGCGCAAGUUCUGUGUCCAGCCGCCGUGCGGGCAGCUCAACCCGCUCAACGACCACAUGUACGCGGUGCUGAAGGAGAUCUUCGAGGAUAUUGCCGAGGUGGGCGCGCCCGAAGAGACGCUGCACAUGGGUGGCGAUGAGGUCUUCCUGCCCUGCUGGAACAACACCAAGGAGAUCCGGGACGGAAUGCGCGCCCAGGGCUUCGACCUCACCGAGGAGAGCUUCCUGCGAUUGUGGUCCCAGUUCCACCAGCGCAACCUCAACGCCUGGGACGAGAUCACCGAGCGCAUGUACCCGGGCAUCAAGGAGCCCAAGUCGGUGAUCGUCUGGUCCAGCCACCUGACCGACCCCAAGUACAUUGAGACCUACCUGCCCAAGGAGCGGUUCAUCAUUCAGACCUGGGUGGAGUCGCAGGACUCCCUCAAUCGGGAAUUGCUCCAGCGGGGCUACCGCCUGAUCCUGUCCACGAAAAACGCCUGGUACCUGGACCACGGCUUCUGGGGCAGCACCUCCUACUACAACUGGCGCGCCGUCUACUCCGCGGGCAUGCCCGCGACACAGCACCGGAGCCAGGUUCUCGGCGGCGAGGUGUGCAUGUGGAGCGAAUACGUCGACCAGAACUCCCUGGAAUCCCGAAUCUGGCCACGAGCGGGAGCCGCCGCUGAACGUCUGUGGUCCAAUCCGAAAUCCUCGGCACUUGCGGCCCAAAGGCGAUUCUAUCGGUACCGGGAACGGCUCUUGGCACGAGGAAUCCACGCUGACGCCGUCAUUCCCCACUGGUGUGUUCUACACGAGGGAAAGUGUCUCUAAUAAAUCACUGCCUGUUCUUAUCUCAGAUCCUGAUCCUCUGGAUCUAUCUUUGAUACAGCACCAGCACUGUGUACAUAAGUUUCAGUCUAUGUUCUUUUAUUCAUCAGCUAUUACCUACAGAGUAAGGCUUUACGCGAAGUUCAAAGUGCAAUAAAUGUAUAACUCCUAGGAUAAUAUUAAAUAAUUCCUUUUAAACACUGCACAAGGUUUAAUUCUAAAUGA